AUGUUAGAAUCCUCGACGUCUGUCUUCUAUGAGAUCCGUUUUCAUAACCUUGUUAGCGAAUCGGGAGUCACCAAUCUCAUUUAUAAAAGAGCAUGGCAAGUGCUUCAGUGUCGUAACUAUUCUGAAGCCAGUUCUAUCUUAAACUCAUUCCGAAGAAAGUAUCCUGGAUAUGCAGCGGUAGAGUUGAGGCUGAUAGGAAUGUUGAGGAGGCGAGCCGAUACGGAGAGAAGUCCUGACUAUUCCGGAGUGAUCAGUAAGUUCGAGAAGCUAAUUCACUCAUCUGACACGCCUCGCCAUCUCAGCAGCUAUUAUUCCGUUAAAUUGGCUAGGUUUCACUUGAAGACUCGGAAUGAUCGACGAUUAGCCGAGAAAAUUAUACGAAGAGCUCUAGAAAGAGAUCGAGACAAUAUCCAGCUUCUACUCCAACUUAUUGAUCUCGCGUUCACAAAUCCUGAGUUCUCGCAGACUGCAGUGAUCGAAGCAUUUGAUUUUGCUAUUAAAUCAAACAUUUCCGACGCUGACAAACUGCAGUUCAGUCAGAGGAAAUUGGAUUUUCUCGAGGAUCUCUCUUACGAUAUUGAUGUUUUGCAAGAGCACCAGGACGCACAUGUAGCUUUAUUAGCUGAGGUAGAGAAUCCGCCAACAACAACACGAAAGCGAAGGUAUAAUGGCAAAGAUGAUUCGAGAUACUACAAUGAUAGAGAUCGCGAUGUGCCUUCGCGAAGAAGCCGCUAUUCGGAUCAUCGGGAUUCGUAUCGUGACAGUCAUCGCAGCAUGCGGGACGCCGGAUACUAUGUUUCAUCGAGUGCCUAUCCAAUGCAGCAAAUAUACUACACCAAUCAAGGUUACUAG